UGGAUGAAAGUGAAACAAUGACAACUUCAGGGUCAGAGCCUCAGACUUCCACAGUGAUUACUGUCAAAACCGUUUCUCAGGUGGAGGUUGAGUGUGUGAAAUGCGACUCAUGUGGUUUCACAGAGGAAUGCACCCUUUCUUACAUUUCACGGCUGCGUCAGAGAUACCAAGGUAAGUGGCUGUGUGGGUUGUGCGUUGAGGCUGUCAAGGACGAGGUUGUGAGAUCAGAGAAGCUUAUCACCAUUGAAGAAGCAAUCGAACGCCAUAGCAGUUUCUGCAGAGAUUUCAGAUCAUCAACUCCUCUGAAGGAAACAGAACACCCCAUCUUUGCUAUGAGUCGGAUUCUUCGGAAAAACUUGGACUCUCCGAAGCCUCUCCGAUCAAACUCAAGUGGGGAUCUUCCACCGGUUGAUGGGGUUUCUGCUCCUCCAUCUCUUCCUCGAUCAGAGAGUUGUUUCUCAUCUAUCUCUGGUUAAGGUCAAUUUAAUUAUUUUAGAGUCUUGCAGUUUCAGGUAAAGCGUGGAACAUAGCAACUCUUGUGUCUCUCUCUCUCUCUCUCUGUGUGUUUUUUCUGUGAAUGUAACAGAUUAUAAAAGUUUAUGACAAAGGGUCUCUAACAUUGGUAUUUUUGUUUUCAUUGAUUGAUGGAUUUGUUCCAGAUGAUCUCACAGGGUUAAAAAUUUUGUGAGGCCCAGCCUGGUACUGAUGAUGAUGACUUCACUACUACAUCUUCUUCUUCUUCUUUUAACCAUGAUCUUCAAUGUAUACAGAGCACAUCUUGUUUACUGCUAUGAAAAUUCUAAAAUUUAGUUCUUCUAUUUUUUCUGUUUCAGCAUUUAGAAGAUGGAAAAUAAAGAA